AUGGCACCCGGCAUCAAGAUCAAAGUACAGUCAUUCUUGUCCCGUCUUCUCACAGGAGCGGCGGGAGUUGUACAUGCCAUCACAUCCCGGAACAAGAAGGUGGAGGACUACCCUUGGCAGAGCCCCUCCGCAGAGGACCGCCGAAGCCCCUGCCCGAUGCUCAACGCCCUUGCAAACCACGGCUACCUUCCCCGCGACGGCAAAGACAUCUCCGUCCCUCGCUUGGUCACGGCGCUGCUGGACGCCAUCAAUCUCGCUCCGGACGCGACCAUUCCCGCGGGGCUGAAAGCGCUGCAGACGUCAACCACAGGAAAUGCGCUCACCUUCCACCUUGACGAUCUCGCCAAGCACGGCAUCAUCGAGCACGACGGCAGCCUCAGCAGACAUGACAUCCACGCUCCGCCACCCAACAACAACAACAACAAGGACUUCGCGCCCGAGGUGUGGGCGACGGUGUUGCCGCAGCUGGGGCCGGAUGGCGACAGGGACGACGACGGCACCAUCUCGAUUGACACUGCGGCCAAGGCACGGCUGGCGCACAUUGCGGCGGUGAAGGCGUUGGAACCGGAGUUCAGCAUGUCGGCGGAUGACAUUAAGGCAAGCGUCAUUGAGACGUGUCUUUACUUGCUUGUUUUUGGGGAGGGGGCCGAGGGACGAGCCAGGAGAGAGUGGGUGAGGAUUUUGUUUGAACAGGAACGGCUGCCGUUUGAAGAGGGGUUUAAGCGGUCAAAGAAGACGCUGACGAGUGCGGACAUUCAGAUGCUAGAGGAGAAGGUCAACGCGGCGAGCCAGGAACAGGCGGAUACGACGGUUGCGAAUCUCAAGCGGGAGCGCAAGCCCAUGGCGGCGUGA